AGUCAAUAAUCAUUUUUCCUUAGAAAUCAAAUGGCACAGUUACACGCCUAUAUUGCAUAAGUUUGUUUUUUUAUAUUGCGAAAGUUGUUGUUGUGUAAAUCCAAACUAAUUUAUAAAUAAACACUUUGCAAUGGUAGUCAGUAUAAAUGAUUACUUAUCUUGACUAAUAGAACGUAACUUAAGCAUUUACUAUUACAUAUCCAUUUCUUAGCCUCCGGUGACCAAAUAUUAAAAGGUUUACAUUUGACAAAAAAGGUUUACAUAAAUUAUUUUAAACGACUUCAGUUAGAGGUUAUCAAAUUUCUUUCUCUUCCCAUUACAUCAUUGUCUAGGUUUAUUGCUCUCUUCUCUCCCUCUUCUGGUGGUCCUUGGCCUAUUUAAGUCCCUCUUAUCACAAUUUCUUUAUAUCUCCGAGAUUCUUUAUACCCCGAAACACUUUCUUACAUUCCAGUUUUCUUCUCGUUGCUCUUUCUAUUUUCACACCUUUAACAAAAUAUAAAAUUUGUGGGAUAAACAUAAACCCUCUACUGGCUCUAUAGCCUCUCUCAUUUUCAGUAAUCUAAAAGUUUGUUAGUUAAUACAGCCUAUCUUUCUAUCUCUCCCUAUUUCCUCUCAAUCUCUUCUCUGUUGUCCAAUCUUAGAGAUAAAGUACACAGCUCAAGGGUCAUUUUCUUCCUACAUUGUAGUGUUACACACCUAAGGACCAAUUAAAAAUCUUACAAGAAAAUGUCUAAUAGAAUUAGAUCAAGACAAUCUUCAAGUGCUACGAGGAUCUCCGAUGAUCAGAUGAUCGACCUCGUUGGUAAGCUCCGUCAGUUUUUGCCGGAGAUUCGUGAACGGCGCCGUUCUGAUAAGGUGUCAGCAUCGAAGGUACUGCAAGACACAUGCAACUACAUAAGAAAGCUGCAUAGAGAAGUUGACAAUCUCAGUGACCGUUUGUCGCUGCUCCUCGACUCCGUUGAUGAAGAUAGCCAAGAAGCUGCCGUCAUUAGAAACCUACUCAUGUAACCUUCCAAUAUAUUGAUUUUCUAUAACUUAUAUAUAUAUAUAUAUAUAAAAUUUAUAUCAGUAUAUGUAAUGUUGAUAUAUAUAAUUUAUAUCAGUAUAUGUAAUGUUGAUCAUCGUCCUUAAUAUAUUAUGAAGCGACGUGUUUUUCUCUUA